UCAACAASAACCUCUGCGAUACGAUUCACUCGAAGAGAAGUGUGCAGCACAAUCAGCAACCAUUGAGAACGGUACAGCAGAAGGAAAGGAGAAAGACGCAACAAAAUGAGCGCAGAACGCGAGGACGUCGUCGGGGGCAGUGGGAACGACAAAGAAGAUACAGAUACCGCCGCCGAGGUUCCCCUGGUGCUGCGGGAUCUCCGCGGCUUCUUGAAACGGGACGGCCGUCCCUCGUCCCUCUUUGACAUGAGUGUCAUGGCCACGCCCGUUGCUGCCAUCAAGGCCCUCUUGGGGGUCGUCGAACGGUCCAAUGCCACCACCAUGAUGGAGCUCCAGGCCGAGCUCAAGCAGGCCCGCGAAAUCGUGAUGCAAGAUUUCCUGGAUCGGCAGCAAGAACCGAGGCAGCACUCCUCGUCGGGGAGAUCGGGYGGAGCCCGCAACAUGAUUGCCCUGGCCAGCGGGUGCGAUCUCUUUCUCAAAUACGCCACCCGGACCUUUCUGGAACACGGGGAUUUCGCGGCCUCCCGAAACCAGGUGCUGGAGCGCGGCCAGCGGUUUGCGGGGAUCAGCCUGGCGGCCMGGGACCGGAUCGCCCACGUCGCCGCCGAUUUCAUCCAGGAGGGACAGACCGUCCUCACRCACGGAUGGAGCCGGGUCGUGGCGUCGAUCCUGCUCAAGGCGGCCGAGACCAAGCACUUUGACAUCAUCGUGCUCGAGGGCCGCCCCGACGCGGCGGGGGCCAAGGCCGCCAGGGCCUACGCGUCGCACGAGAGCAAGAUCCCGACGACGGUCGUGCUGGAUUCUGCGAUGGGGCACGUGAUGGAAAUCGUGGACGUCGUGUUGGUGGGUGCCGAGGCCGUGGUCGAAAACGGCGGCUUUGUCAACAAAAUGGGAACCUACGCCCUGGCGACCUGUGCCAAGGCGCACGGAAAACCCUUUUACGUGGCGUCGGAGAGCUACAAGUUCGCCCGGCUGUACCCCCUAAGCCAACAAGACCUGCCGGCGAUGGGAAACAAUAGCCCCAUCGGCUUUGUCGAUACAACCAUAGCGUCGACAUYAAAGGAUGGAGAGGAGAAGGACCAGAUCGAAGAACAACCACAAGGCCAUUCGGUCACGCCGGUAGACCUUCCGGACAACGUAAGGGUCGAAAACUCCCCCUGCGACUUUACACCGGCAAAGUUCAUUACCCUCCUCUUUACCGAUCUMGGAGUUUUGACACCGAGUGCUGUCUCCGAUGAAUUGAUUCGUCUGUACUCAUAAUAUAUAAAUAUAUAUAUCCCUAGAUA